AUGGAAACAACACGUUGCGUACCUUCCCCCUCUCUUCCAUUACAUACCAAUCGCCGUCGCCGCCACAAUGCCCUAAACCAACCCAAUAUUGUCAUGCCCAUAAGAGAUCUGACCCUCCGACGAUUCAACACAGCUCCAUAUCAAUUCAGAUUCAAUCGCCAAAAGCCCUUUUGUGUUACCCACAAUUUCUCCUUAAUUAACAGCAAUACGAUGGCCGAUAAGAAGGAUACUCAAGAGCCCACUGUUGAAAGCAAAGACAAGGUGGAGAAGGGAUUAGAAAACUCAAAGUCAAAAUCGAAUAUUUCGCCGCCGCCGCCGCCGCCUCCGGAGAAGCCGUUGCCGGGGGACUGUUGCGGCAGUGGAUGCAUAAGAUGUGUGUGGGACGUCUAUUACGAGGAGCUCGAUGAAUACAACAAGCUUUACAACACCAAUUCUAAGCCUUGA